CUAUUAAUAUGUCAUUUUUUAAAUUUUUAAUUCUUUUAGAAAUAAUAUUUAUUAAUGUAGUGAAUUGUAGAUAGCGCUGAAUGUAACGAGCAUUCAAAAUGGCGAUAUACGCACUUCCCUUUUCUUUCAUAGUCGACAGCCAUCAUGCCGCCUAAAAAGGAUACAAAAGGAUCUUCAAAACAACCACAAAAAACACAAAAGAAAAAAGAGGGAGGAUCUGGUGGCAAAGCCAAGAAAAAGAAGUGGUCCAAAGGAAAAGUACGUGACAAGUUAAACAAUCAAGUAUUGUUUGAUAAAAGCACAUAUGAAAAAUUGCUGAAGGAAGUACCACAAUAUAAAUUGAUCACACCAUCCAUUGUUAGUGAAAGGUUAAAAAUUCGUGGAUCACUUGCAAGGAGAGCAUUGAUUGAAUUGCAACAAAAGGGACUUAUUAAACAAGUUGUACAGCAUCAUGCACAGUUAAUUUACACACGUACUACUAAGGGUGACGAUCCAGCUGCGUAAUUUGUUUUUACGCAAUGUAUAAUACCAUUUAAUAAAAAACAUCUAUAAAUAUAAA